AGAACACCAAGAUAAUUACACAAUGAAGGAUUAUGAUGAAACCACAGCAUUCCUGGGUCAGUGGGGAUGCUUCCAACGGGUUGUCUUCUUUGUGCUUGUUGCUAGCAUCAUACCCAAUGGAUUUGGGGCUUUUUCUGUUGUCUUUUUUGCUGACGUUCCCAGUCACCACUGCCUGGUGCCAGAUGAAAAUCUUACCGAAGGCUGGCUUGAUGCCAUUAUCCCUGUCGAGUUGGUAGAUGGGAAACAGGAGCGGAGCCGUUGCAGCAGAUACCAGCUGGAUUUGGUUAAAAAUUUCUCUGCUCAGGGUUUUAUUCCUGGCAGGGAUGUUAACCUUAGUCAGCUGGAACAGGAGGGCUGUGUAGACGGAUGGAGCUAUAGUAAAGAUACCUAUGAGUCCACUGUUGUCUCAGAGUUUGAUUUGGUGUGCAGUGAGCAGUGGAAGCAGCCGUUCACCUCUACCAUCUUCUUCCUGGGAGUUCUUAUUGGAUCAUUCAUCUCAGGACAGCUCUCAGACAUGUUUGGGAGAAAACCUGUUCUCUUUGCAACCAUGGCACUUCAGACUGUCUUUACAUUUGUUCAAAUCUUCUCCCUGUCUUGGGAAGUUCUGUGCAUCCUCACCUUCAUUGGUGGAAUGGGACAAAUCUCCAACUAUCUGUCUGGAUUUGUGCUCGGAACUGAAAUUUUGACUGGCAAUGUGAGGGUGUUAUUUUCAUCAAUGGGUGUAUGCCUGGGCUUUGCUUGUGGCUACAUGAUGCUGCCACUCUUUGCUUAUUAUUUAAGGAACUGGAAAUCUCUCCUGUUGGCUUUGUCUGUGCCUGGACUGGCUUACCUCCCUCUCUGGUGGAUCAUCCCAGAGUCUCCCAGAUGGCUGCUCAGUCAGGGGAGAGUGGAGGAGGCUGAGGCCAUAGUGAGAAAGGCUGCUAGGUGGAACAAAGUUCAGGCUCCACUGGUCAUUUUUGAGGAAAGUAGCGCUGAUGGGAUAAUGACACUCCCGAAGAAACACCACAACUUUUUUAGUCUGCUGAAGACAAAAAACAUCAGAAACACAACUGUGAUUCUGUGCUUACUGUGGUUCUCCUUGAGUCUUGGAUACUAUGGCCUGUCCCUCAACACAUCCCGACUUCAUGCUGACCCCUUUCUCAGCUGCUUCAUUUCAGCCAUUGUAGAGGUUCCAGCUUACAUUUCCAGCUGGUUUGCACUACGAUACAUUCCUCGACGAGUAUCUACCAUCUGCAUCUUGCUCUUUGGGGGAGUCUCACUGUACCUGAUUCAGCUGAUACCAAAAAGUUUACUUAGUCUGUCUGUUGCACUGGAGAUGCUGGGAAAAUUUAGUAUUACCAGUGGUACAUCCCUGAUGUUUGUCUACACAGCAGAGCUUUACCCAACAGUGAUCAGAAACACAGCGACUGGAACAUGUAGUACUGUUUCUAGAGUUGGCAGCUGUAUUGCACCUUUUCUUUUACAGCUGAGUGUAUACUUUAAGUAUCUUCCAUAUAUAUUGUUGGGGACUCUGUGUGCUGUGUCUGCCUUGGCUGCCCUCUUCCUGCCAGAGAGCUUUAAACUACCCCUCCCUGAAACAAUUGAACAGAUGCACGAGAGAGAACGCUUGAAAUGGCCACUCAUCGCUAUGAAACAACAAUCAAAACCUGGGGUACUUUCUGAAACUAAACUUUGAUUGUCUAAGAUGUUCCAAAAUAACUGGAAUAUGUUGUAAUUAAUUUGAAAAUGUAAUAUGAUUAAACAGACAUGCAAUGAAAGAUUGACAUGGAUAUGUAUUUCAACAGUCGACCAUUUAGGAGUUGAUUAAAUGUGCUUGAAUUCUCUGUGUGGCUUCAUGAAUCAGCAAUGUAUACAAAAUAAUAACAAUGCACUUUAAAACAUUUAAGUAAAUAUGUAAUGAAAAAUGCAGUUGUAUUUUUUUAGAAAAUGCAUCAUUUAUUAAAAUAUCAUCGGUAAAAUUGCAUUGAUAAGUAUAAGACUAUCAUUUGUCACACUGUUCCUUUCACAGUGUUAACAAAAUAAGAAAACUCCUGAUGAGUUAUUUGAAGGCACCAUUGCAUUGUUCGAAUUAAUGUUAAGUUUCUUUGUCCUGUUUAAGUUGCAUCAUUUCACAAAUCCAGUGACAACAUGGACAGAUUUGUGAUUUCUGCCCAGUUAUCUGCCUCGUAACAGGGCUUGACAUUGACACCAUUGACACGCCAACUAGCCAAAUGCGGUUGGAUUUCGGCCGUGGCGGUUAGCAGCGUGACUUUAACUAGCCACGAUGGCGGGUUGAAUUUAUCAGUGUCACAACUAAUGCUUCACUCUGAAAGUGCUUGUCAGUUAGCCCUUAUGAUUUAGACUUGUUACAGAGAGGCUGUUCGGCACAUGAAAGCUCAAAUUUCCCUCCAAAAUAACUGAAAAGUGGCUGGUCUCUUCAUCCAUUCAUGCGUAUUUUACGCAGCGCCAAGGGCUUUGAUGCUGUGAUCAUCGGUGGAGCUAGGGGGUGGCUACUGGGGCUUAAGCCCCGGAUGUUUUCAUCCUCUGGCAUUCCUCCCCCAGAAAUCUUUGACCUUCAAAAGCUUGAUUUCCUAUAUUUUGGUGUGUUUUGCGUUUUUUUUCUUACUAAAAAUGAAGUGGCUAAAUUAGCUAUGAAUUGCAGAAAAAUUCUCAAGUUAACUGUUUCCACAUGAUGGAGUCAAUAAGGUCAGACUAAACACAAAAUCAAACCAUCUUCUGGAGUCUAAAAGCCACAUAAUAUUUAUCUGCAUAAUAUCCCAGAUAAAUGAGAGACCAAAUCCUGUCAGAUUUUCAGAAUUGCCAAUAUUUUAAAAAGUAAAAAAGUUAGUGUUUCUGUCUGAUUUUAACCUCUCCAGUCUACAGUCAGCUCACACUUCAGCAGAAACACGGUAAACAGUCGACCCAGGCCAAAUCAUGAGUAGAAGUUUAAUCUCCCUCUUUUAGAUCAUCCUUUAUUCUAUAUGGUUCAUGUCUGACUACAGUGUUUUAAACACAGCUGUAA